GCCAAGGCAGAGAGCCUCUAGAAGGAAAACUUGAAUUCAAGUAUAGGUUUUAAUUUUUAUUCCAUUUAUGGUGCAUAAUACAUGCAAAUUGGACAUGUAAACAUGUGAACUUCUGGUCCUCCAAAAGACUUUUCAUCUGAAAGCCUGUUGGAUGAUGAAUUGGUCCCCCAGGAGCUAGAAGAUCAUUCUGGAAGAGUCUGUAAGCUGAACAGAUUGCUGGGAUGUUUAGAAUCGGCAGGCGACAGCUCUGGAAGCAGAGUGUCACACGCGUUUUAAUGCAAAGACUGAAGGAAGAGAAGGAAGCCAAGCGGGCUCGUCUGGAUGGGAGACAUGACUACCUGUUUGGGAUUGUAGCUUCCUGUGUGGACCUAAACAAAACUGAAGUGGAGGAUGCCAUUCUUGAGGGGAAUCAGAUUGAAAGAAUCGAUCAGCUUUUUGCUGCUGGAGGCCUUCGUCACCUCAUGUUUUACUAUCAGGAUGUGGAGGUAGUGGAAACAGGGCAAGUUGGCUCUCCAGGAGGAGUAAAUUCUGUUUCUGGAAAGAUGAAAAAACCCAAGGUGUUCGUGACCGAGGGAAAAGAUGUUGCUCUUACUGGGGUGUGUGUGUUCUUCAUCAGGACCAGCCCUGCCAAAGCCAUCACCCCUGAGAACAUCCAUCGGGAGGUGAGCUUCAACAUGCUUGACACUGCAGACGGGGGUCUGCUCAACAGCAUGAGACGUUUGCUGUCUGACAUCUUCAUUCCUGCUCUCAGAGCCACAAGCCAUGGCUGGGGCGAGCUCAAAGGCCUUCCGGAAGCCUCCAGCCUUCAGCAGGAGUUCCUGGGCUCCCUGGAAGGCUUUGUGAGCAUCCUGGCCAGUGCGCAGGAGAGUUUGAAGGAGAAGGUGAACCUUCAAAAGUGUGACAUAUUUGAACUGAAAACAUUGAAGGAACCCAUAGACUUCUUGACUCUAGCUAAUAACCCUGAGACUAUGGAAAAAAUAGAAGGUUGUAUGAAAGUAUGGAUCAAACAAACAGAACAGGUCCUUGCUGAAAACAACCAGCUGAGGAAGGAGGCAGAUGACCUUGGGCCUCGAGCAGAGUUGGAGUACUGGAAAAAAAGACUGUCUAAAUUUAACUACCUUUUGGAUCAACUGAAGAGCCCAGAUGUGAAGGCUGUAUUGGCAGUGCUUGCUGCUGCCAAGUCGAAACUUCUGAAGACGUGGCGGGAGACGGACAUUCGAGUCACUGAUGCAGCUAAUGAAGCAAAGGACAAUGUCAAGUAUCUGUAUACACUUGAGAAGUGCUGUGACCCCUUGUACAGUAGUGACCCUAUAUCCAUGAUUGAUGCUAUUCCUACUCUUGUAAAUGCAAUUAAAAUGAUCUACAGUAUCUCUCAUUACUAUAACACCUCUGAGAAGAUCACAUCUCUGUUUGUAAAGGUGACCAAUCAGAUGAUAUCUGCAUGUAAAGCCUAUAUUACCAACAACGGAACUGCUUCAAUCUGGAGCCAGCCACAGGAUGUUGUUGUGGAAAAAAUACUAUCUGCAAUUAAACUUAAGCAGGAAUACCAGCGCUGCUUUCACAAGACAAAACAAAAGCUUAAACAAGAUCCAAGUGAAAAACAAUUUGAAUUCAGUGAGAUGUAUAUUUUUGGGAAAUUUGAAACUUUCCACAGACGUCUUGCCAAGAUAAUGGAUAUCUUUACAACCUUCAAGACAUACUCAGUCCUGCAAGAUUCUAAAAUUGAAGGGCUGGAAAACAUGAUCACUAAAUACCAGGGUGUUGUUGCUACCAUAAAGAAAAAGGAGUAUAAUUUCUUAGACCAGCGGAAAAUGGAAUUCGAGCAGGAUUAUGAAGAGUUUUGCAAGCAGAUUAAUGACCUUCAUGUAGGUUGUAUAAUAAAAUUCCUGUUGGCAGUCUGGUGUUUACUUUUUCCAUUCUGUGUCUUGCUGCUAAUCAUUACCCAUUCAGAAGGAAGAGGCAUCUUCAUCACGGAGGUGACCAAUAGCGAGCUUGGCCUGCAUUUUAUGAUUUCAGAUGAAUAAUUGAAGGUUCUUUCUCAUGGAUUAAAGGGUUAUAAAUACAGCUUUGGAUAACAAGCUGUAAUCACAGA